CCUUUGGCCAACCUUCACAUUUUGGUGUCAGAAGAGGGAUGUUGGCAGGCUGCUGAAAGGUGAUCAGUAUCAAGUUGUGAAAGCAUGGGACCAAAAGUAAAUACAAGAGCACAAAGAACCGACUCUCUUGAAGAUGCUUCAGAAGACGGUGCAACAGGCGGGGCUCCAAUAGAUGCACCCAAAGGUGAGGAGCAUUCUCUGCCUAUGGACAUUGACUCAAUCACUGGCUUGUUACAGCAGUGUCUGCUCGUCCAUCAUGACUUGAGCGACAGAUGGGACCGAGAGGCCGUGAAGCAAGAAAAGCGAUGGAGACAAGUUCACGUUCAGAUGAAUAACCUCAGAGAAGACUGGGAACAGCAGCAGCAACCAGGAGGAGAAAGUCGACACCGGCAGAACCCUUUGCAGCAGCACCGGGAGGAGGAAACUGAGGUAAUUCAGCCUCAAGUCCGAGCCGAUCAGCCCAGCAGAGGUUGGGGGGAAAGUGGUGGUGCCGAAACUUGAGGACAAUGACGACAUUGAGCAGUAUCUGACCACAUUUGAACGUCUAGCUGCAGCGUACCAGUGGCCUGAGAUGGAGUGGGCAAUCCGAUUGGUUCCACAUCUUUCUGGAAAUGCACGAGCAGCUUUUGUUGCUAUGGCAGCUGAGGACACCAGUGACUACAAGAAGGUUAAAGAAGCCAUAUUAUCUAAAUAUGAAAUCAAUGAAGAAGUUUACCGCCAGCGGUUCAGAGAGCCGGACAUCCGCCCCAGUGAAAGUCCAAGAGAGUUCUAUAACCGAUUAAAGGACUUGUACAAUAAAUGGAUCCAACCUGACAAAUUGACCAAGGAGCAAGUUGGAGAAAUCAUCAUAGAGCAAUUUUAUCGCUCCUUGUCUCCCGAGCUUAGAGUGUGGGUGAAAGAACGGGACCCGAAGUCAGCACAAGAAGCUGCUUUGCUGGUGGAAACCUUCCUUGCCGCACGCCGAGGCUCCAAGGCCUACCGCUACGAACCUUCACCAAAGACCUUUCCACCACGUGGUAAGCCAUCUGGGGUUGGGGGUGGUUCGAGAGGGCUAGAGUCAGUAAAACCUGUGGAAAAACCUGCGGUUGUAAAACCUAAAGUCCCAGUUUGUUUUUAUUGUGGCAAAGAAGGCCAUAUUAAACCUGAAUGUCCAGUAAGAAAAGCUAAAUCAGCAUAUGUUUCUACUCUUCCUAGGCCUCAAAAAAGUAACAUUCAGUUUACGGGAAAACAAAAAGUUACAACUGUUGUGGUUAAUGGCCAAGAAGCCCGAGCUUUGCUAGACACAGGGAGUGUUCAAACAUUAGUUCAUCCAUCUAUAAUUCACCGUGAUCUGUCAUUAGGGAAGCCGGUCUUAGAUAUUUCCUGUGUGCAUGGUGACUGUAAAAUGUAUCCAACAGCUGAAGUGUAUUUGGAAGUGGCGGGGCAAACUUUUUUGGUAUCAGUCGGGGUGGUUGCAAGUUUGACACAUGAGGUCAUUUUAGGGCAAGAUGUCCCCAUUCU